UAUUCUCUGCCACAUCUGUCAGCUGGUCCCGUGAUAACAUAGCAUUAAGUUCUUUCAGUCAUCAUUAAUUGAAUGUCGUCUAGCUAGGCUGAAAUUAAACAAAACAUCACAAAUGAACGUCGAAGAUCUGUACUGGUUCGCUUUUACGAUAGUCACCAUCGUGGGCUUUUUCACCUUCAAGUUAAUCACCAAGCACAGGCAUGUUUUCACUGCGAGGGGCGUCGCAUUCGAGAAGCCACACUUUCUCUACGGCAAUCAGAAUGAUGUGCUGAACCAAAAGGUAUCUUCGCUGGUGAAUGUGGAACAUCUUUACCGAAAGUUCCACAAUGAAAGAAUCUUCGGCUUCUUCAAUUACUUGAGCCCCAUUUUCUACAUUCGCGAACCGGAACUGAUAGACAAGCUGUGGGUCCAUCAGUUUAGCCACUUCUCCAACCAUGGGUACUUUCUGGAUGAAAGUAAAGAUACGAUUCUGGGAAAUCAGCUGCAUUUACUGAAAGGUGACAAGUGGUGCCAAAUGAGGGCGCUACUCAGUCCGGCUUUCGAGACAAGGAAUGUCGCUAUGAUGUGUUCGCUUAUUCGAACCAACUCGUUAGAUUUGGUGGACUAUCUGGCCACGGUUGUGAACUCUGAGCUGGACUCGAAGGAUUUCUUCCAGAAGCACACGUUUAACGUGAUUGCCAGUUGUGCCUUCGGUUUGGAGGUGAACUAUUUUAAUAAUGACAGAGACAAGUUCUGCGAGGUUGGCAGUUCGCUUGUGUUUGGGCAGAAUCCGAUGCAAGCGAUUAAGACGAUGCUGUUUUAUCUGUUUCCUCGUUUGAUGGGCAAGAUGGGGAUACGUUUGAUGGAGGAAGGCGAUGUUAAGUAUUUUCUAGGGGUACUGCGAUCGACUAGCCAACAGAGGGAGGACAGCAACGCAAAGCGUUGCAACAUGAUUCAAUUCUUGAAUCGGAUUCAAAAUGGCGAGCUAGAGACGGGAGAGAAUGAUCCGGAAGUUGUACAAAUGCUGGGUUUCGCUGAACGGAAAUGGACGGACGAAGAAUUGAUCGCACAGAGUGUUUCAUUUUUUGGAAAUGGCUUCGAAAGUGUGGUUAAUCUAUUGUCAUUCGCUGCCUACGAACUGACAGCCAAUCCAGAAGUGCAGGAGAAACUGUUCGCAGAAAUUCAGACUACCCUGGGAGAUGUCCCCCUGACCUACGAAUCUGUCUCGAAGAUGACCUACUUAGACAUGGUUAUCAAUGAGACGCUGAGAAAAUGGCCCGCCAUGCCAACGCUGGAUAGAGAGUGCUCCAGGGACUAUGACCUCAAUGAGGGGGAUUACAGAUUACAGUUCCGAAAAGGUGAUUCUGUGUGGGUUUCAACCUGGGCGCUUCAUCGCGAUGAGAAGUACUUUCCGGAACCGGAACGGUUUGAUCCGGAGAGAUUCAACGUGGAGAAUAAGUUGAAGAUUAUUCCUCACACGUAUCUACCUUUUGGAGUGGGUCCGAGAAACUGCAUAGGGAUUCAAUUUGCGCUGCUGGUGGCGAAAAUAACACUCAUUGAUGUGCUGCGGAAUUUCCAACUCCGCCCAGGUGACUCAUUCACGCAAAACCUCACAUUGGCGAAAGGAUCUUUUUCCCUCGAGCCGGAAGCGAAAGGAUUUUGUCUGCAAUUGUGCACACGGUGAUGUUCCCAGAUGCAAUUUUCUUAGUUCAAGUUUUAGUUUCUCAUAGAAAUAAAAUAGUUUUAGUCAUAGAAAUAAACUGAAAUAUAAAGGAUAUAUG